AUGUGUAGCAAAGCAGUGAAGUUACGAUUCCGACAAAAAAUGACUGUAAGCACUGUCAGCAAUGAAAAAGUUGAUAGCCCUUCCACAGCAACUAUAAAUUUGGAUGAAGGAAAAACACCGUGGGGGUCGCUUGAUUCCUCAGCUAAUUUGGAAUUUUUCGGUUGGGCAAUUGCAUCAUAUUCAAUUGGUUCGACAAUUUCUAACUUCUUUUUCGGUCUAUGGAAUCAAAAAACAAUGUCAACGAAAUAUCCGGCUAGCUUUGGUAAUUUUCUGAUGGCACUCGGGAACCUAUUAUACGGUUUUUUGCCAACUAUUGGUGCUAAAAAAUGGUCCAUGCUUUUGGCACGUUUUAUCGUUGGCCUUGGCUCAGGUAAUUUAUGCGUAUUGCGAACAUAUGCGGCUACAGCAAGUAUACCACAUGAUCGUACCAAAGCCUUAUCUAUCACCAUUGUAUCUUUUGUACUUGGCUUGUCAAUUGGACCAGCAUUGCAGGCUUGGUUCACGCCCCUUGGCCGAAGCGGUUUUCAAAUUAACAUUGUUGUUAUAAAUAUGUAUACGUUGCCAGCAUUUUUAAUGGUUGUAAUAUCACUAAUAUCGAUUGUUUUGCUUUGUACUAUUUUUACCGAAAAAUAUUCUGGAAUUUUACGCUCUGAUAAAUCCGGUAUUGAUUAUUUCUCGGUUAAUAUAAAAGAGAUGGCUCCACCUUUUACAAUAGCAAUGUAUAAUUGGACCGAUUAUCAGGCUGUACUGUACAACGGUAUUAUUCAAUCUAUUUGUUGUGUUCUUAAUGUUAUGUGCUAUUUUAUAAUUGGUUUCACACCUCUGCAACAUUGUAAUAAAAGAGCGAUGAUAGUGAUCGGAUUAACAUGUUUUGCUGCUUAUCAUGUUAUCAAUCUGCCAUGGCCUUUCUACACGGAAUAUUUAGAUUUCAUAAAACAGCAGAAGAACGAUGUGAAGACACGUGUUGAAUUGUAG